UGUAUAUGUCGUGCCCUGUUUAAGUUAAAAACCACGUUCAUCCAUCAUGCAGGGGACCAGCAUUUUAUGCACCAAUGCGUAGUCUCAGUUGGUCAUUCGCGCUGCAAUGUCCGCUGCCGGAAUCCUACCGUUUUUGCUGGCGUUGGGUAACCAGUCAGCAGAAAUAGCUUCAGAUCCAGAGGCGUUCAACAGUUUCAGUGCCGGGUACAUGUACGGAGAUCCUACGGCAAGCUAUCCAGAUACAAGCGAUUUUCGUAACGAGUAUGAUUUCAUUAUCGUGGGAGCCGGAAGUGGUGGCUGCGUGAUGGCAAAUCGAUUGAGUGAAAAUCCCAACUGGAACGUGUUGCUGUUGGAGGCAGGAGUUGAAGAGAACUUUCUGCUGAGUGUUCCUCUGUUGGUGACCUUGAAUGUUCAAUCGGACUACAACUGGAAGGAUGUUUUCGAGCCGACCCCAUCGGCUUGUAGCGCAUCACCUGGCGGCGUUUGUUUCGUCUGGCGAGGUCGUGGAUUGGGUGGAAGUAGUUUACUGAACUACAUGAUCUAUACCCGAGCUCACUAUCGUGAUUUUGACCAAUGGGCAAAAGAAGGAAGCCAUGGUUGGAAUUAUUCCGACGUUAAGCCGUAUUUUGAAAAAGCAGAAAAGAGCUACGUCCGUCCUUCGCUGCAAUGCUUUGAAACUCCUUUUAACAGCGACUUCAGGGAUACUGUCACAGCAGCAGGAUAUAAAGAAAUAACAUUUACGAACAAAUCAUUGCUAGGAUACUAUAAAUUUCGAACUACUACUGUUCGUGGACAACGCAAUAGUGCAGCACGAAUGUAUUUGCAUCCUGUAAGGAAAAGGCCCAAUCUGCACAUCUCCGUUCGAUCUCAAGUCACUAAAGUUCUUAUCGAUCCCGAGAAACAGCGAGCAUUCGGUGUAGAAUUUGUCAAAGAAGGAAAAACAGUCCAAGUUAGGGCGAAGAAAGAAGUUAUAGUGUCAGCGGGUGCUAUUGGGUCCCCACAAAUUCUUUUGCUAUCUGGCUUGGGACCCCCAGAAGAUCUAAGUAAAUUCAAAAUUCCUGUUAUUAAGUCUCUGCCAGUUGGAAACAAUCUGCAUGAUCAUUACAGUGCACAGCUCCCAUUUCAGCUAGACGCCAAAUUACCACGAAUUUCAAUCGAUGAAGCAUUAGAAACGUACAUCAAACAGCAGUCAGGGAUUUUUGCGCAACCAUCUGGAUCAGAAUCUUUGGCAUUCCUCAAAACAAACAACUCCAAACUCCCGCGAGAUUAUCCCGAUUAUGAAGUUUUGCUUUUCGGUGCGCAGCUGAAAGGAGAACUCUUACAGCUUCAAGGAUUGGAUCCAGCUUUGAACAGACUUCCGUUGAGUAACGAAAACCAAACUUUCUUUGGUCUAGCGUUCGUUUACUUGCAUCCAAAAAGCCGAGGGCAUGUUCGUUUGAAGAGUCGUAACCCUUUGGAACGACCAAAAAUAGUGUCCAACUACUUCUCGCAUCCGGACGAUGUCGUUAACGUUCGAGAAUCUCUCAAGGAAGCUAUACGCCUUGGACAAUCCGGUGCAUUGGCCAAGUUGGGUUCAAAAUUGGUCAAAGAUUUUGCUCCCGGAUGUGAACAGUAUUCGAACGAUAGUGAUGAAUUCUGGGACUGUUACAUCAAACGUUACAUCCUGACAGGUAUUCACUACGGUGGGACAUGUAAGAUGGGUCCGGAUGGUGAUCCGGCUGCCGUUGUCAAUCCAGAGCUGCAGGUUCAGGGCAUCGAUAAGCUUCGGGUGGUGGAUGCAUCGGUGAUACCGGCCCCGAUUGCCGGACAUCCCAAUGGAGCUAUUUUGAUGAUUGGGGAGAAAGCUGCCGAUAUGGUCAAGAAGAGAUGGGCUUAAAGUAAGGUUGCCAGAUUGCCUGGUUUUAUCCGGAUUUGCCCAGAUAUUUAAUACAAAAUUUGAAAA